CACAAGUCCAGUGCCACCCUGCCAGUCUUACGCGUUAAAAAUGAUUGCUGCCAAGAGCCAGGUUGCGCUGGGCCGCCGUGUCCCGGUCCGCGGCCAGCGCACUAUUUGCGCCGCGACUGCCCGUCCUACCUGGCUGCCAGGCCUGAACCCGCCCGCUCACCUGAAGGGAAACCUGGCUGGUGACAGUGGCUUCGACCCGCUUGGCCUGGGCCAGGACGAGGGCCGCCUGAAGUGGUACGCUGAGGCGGAGAAGACCAAUGGCCGCUGGGCGAUGAUGGCCGUGACCGGCAUCCUGGGCCAGGAGCUCCUUGGCGUGACCCCCGCCUGGUACGAGGCUGGCGCUAAGGAGUACGCCAUCCCCAACACUCCCCUGACUGCCAUUGAGUUCAUUGUGAUGGGCUUCCUGGAGAUUAAGCGCUACCAGGGCUUCAAGCAGACCGGCACGUCCGGCUUCAUCAACUCCUUCCCCUUCGACCCCGCUGGCAUGAACUCGCCCGCUAUGGCCACCCGGGAGGUUAAGAACGGCCGCCUCGCCAUGGUUGCCUUCAUUGGCUUCUGCGUGCAGGCCCUGGUGUCCCGCACCCAGCCCAUCGAGGGCCUCACCAAGCACCUGUCCGACCCCUUCGGCAAGAACAUCACCUACUACCUCACCCACCUGCCCGAGGUGCUGGCCGGCACUGCCUAAAGGUCGACCGUACGACAACAUUGUACGACAGCAGCUGUGCUGUACGCGGCCGGAGAGGUUUAUGGCCAUGGCGCACCCCGUGGCGCUUGGGUGAGGGUGCGCGGCUGCCGUGUCCAGGACCCUGCGACAGGACGCUGCUGGGCACGUUUCAUUGCAUACGACUUCAUCGACUGAUCAGCAUGGAGCGUUAUCAGAGGCGUUUUGGCUUGGGUCUGUAGGUUGCGGAGCAGUGUGUUGCAUUGGGAGCAGGAGAGGUCGUGUGGAGGGUUGAGCUUCCCUUCGAUGUGGCAUGCCCACGACGCCGCAUGGGGCUCAACGCACUAGGGGCGUGGUUUUUCCCCGAUACUUACGUCCCUGUGCAGAGGAGUGUGCUAUGUUGCAUGCAUGCAUGCCCACACGCUGAGAGCAUGUAACAGUGCUUUAGACCGAGAAGAAAAUUAUAAUCAAGCUUUUCAUUAUGCAGAAUUAGCGCCGCAGGCUGGGGCAGACCUACGUGGCUGUAACAAACCAAGCGGAGCUAUUGUCAAUCGUCUGUAC